AUGACAACCUCAGCGCACAGGACGUGGUUCAUCACGGGCUGCACGAGCGGUUUCGGCGAGGCCCUCGUGCGGAAGCUGCUGGCGGAGGGGGAUAAUGUCAUUGCCACGGGGCGUGGCGGGGCGGAGGCCAGGCUUGCGCACCUGCGAGACUCGACGACAGCGGCGCGGUUUCGGAUCAUCGAGCUUGACGUCGGAGCGGCGUCUGAGGCGGAGGUACGGACCCAGGUGGCUGAGGCGUGGGGGUACUUUGAGGGCGGGGUUGAUGUUGUUGUGAAUAAUGCUGGGUAUAUCGUAUCUGGACUUGUCGAGGAGUUGACACAGGAGGAGAUGGAAGCGAGCUUCAAGACGAACUUUCACGGUCCGCUGAACAUUACGCGCGCGUUUCUGCCGAUGAUGAGGGAGAGGGGGACGGGAACGCUGGUGUAUAUCAGUUCGCAGGCGGCGUGGCAUGUUGAAGUCGGUGCUGGGGCGUAUAGUGCGAGUAAAUUCGCGCUCGAGGGUUUGUGUUUUGUGUUUCUUUUUGCCAACUCCAUCACUUACACCUUGUACACCUUGAACAUCAGUCUUGUUUUCUUGAGCUUGAAGAAGAGGAAGAGAAAGGCUGACCCUGCAACUUUGAACCCUCCCAAAGGCGCCGUCGAGACACUCUCCAAAGAACUAUCCGUCCUCGCUCCAAACAUAAAGGUCAUCAUCAUCGAGCCGGGCUUCUUCCGCACCAAAGUCUUUAACAAGAUAUCCAACGUUCCAGCCCGUAUUCCCGAGUUUGCAGAGUUCAACGCCGCGAUCAGGGCGGGCGCCGAGGCGCUUCCGGGGACGGAGCUGGGGGACCCUGAGAAGGCUGUAGCGAGGAUCGCGGAGCUGGUUCGGGGCGACGGGAUGGCGAAGGACGGGGGCGGAGACGGGGACGGUGGUGGUGGUAGGGAGGUGCCGUUAAGGGUCGCACUGGGGAGCGAUGGGUGGGAGAGGAUUCGGGCUAAAUGUGUGGGUGUUUUGGAGGGGUUGAGGGCUUGGGAGGAUGUUGCGAGGAGUACGGAUCUGUGA